AAAAUGAAUAUAAUAGAUGACCUUGAAUCCCUCAAGUUUGAGUGUGGGAUUCCAGAGGAAGAGCGUUACUGGCUGUAUUUGCAUGGACGUUAUCGGGGAUUGAUGAUCAAGGGCUGUGCCCAUGCCGUCUUCUUUUGCAAAGUGUUCAGUACUUUGAGAGAACUGUUACAUCAGAGUCGCCGAACAAUACAGCCUCGGGCUGUAUCAUUUGAUGCCGCCGAUGGUGAGGAUGGGACGUUAAAGGUGGGCAUCAUUGGGUGUGGCCACCUUGGGAGGCAGCUGGCUAAAGUACUGCUGAAAAUUGUGCCCAUCCCUGCUGAGAACCUGCAGAUCUCCACUCGGAGGCCCGAGUCCUUGGUCGAGUUCCAGAAACUAGGGGUCCGGUGCUACUACGACAAUCGUUCUUUGGCGAGCUGGGCCAAAGUGUUGUUCCUCUGCUGCUUGCCAGCUCAGCUGCCUAACAUCUGCUUAGAGAUCCAAUCCAAACUUGAGAAGCCCUGCAUCGUGUACAGCUUUGUGGCCGCCAUUCCGGUACCCAGGUUGAAACUUCUACUGAACUACACCAAUAUCUUGCGGCCCCAAUAUCAGUUUUCUGAGGAUUUUGACAACAUCUGGAGAGUAAAUAAGGACAUUGCAACUGUUCUCCAAGAUCCUGUGGUUCUUCAGGGUACCUGCCCCUACAGUAGUGUUGGAGGAGUAAUCCUCAAUAUCAAAUGGCUGGAAGGGUUGUUUUAUGCGGCCAUCAAUGUCUGCACAUCAAAGAAAGUAAUUUACUCACACGUGCUGCAGCUCCUGAACCAAGUCUUUCUCUCCGUGCACUUGGAGAGCUGUGAGAAAGAAGAGUCUUGUCCUAAAUUUCAGAUAACAGACUUCAUGAACAAAAACUACGUCAGGAACUUCUUUAAUAAAAGGCCUUUUCCCUGGUUUGAUCUGACUGUUGUGCAACUCAAGGAGACUCCCUUCAGCCAGCAUCUCUCAACAACUCCUAUCCUCCAGGAACACCUUACUCUUCUAUACCGCAAAUUAUUAGGCAUCCCCGUGGUCAAAGAAGAACCACCACAGACUUCCACAGGUUCUUCACCCAAAGGAAUCAGGGCUGACAGAGAGCCAAGCACUGUGUUUGAGAAAUGUACUAAUAACGAGUGUAGAAGAAAAUAAGAGGUCUGCAUGCAUCAAUAUACUUGGGUGUAUCUAGCUUUUUGACACAACCUAGUACACUGCUUCCCCCAGAAAGCCUUUUUAACACAAAUUAUUUCUCUUCUAAUUGCUAAAUCCAAGUAAUUUUGUCAUAAUCAGACAAUCAAACAGGAAAACUUCUUUCCCUGUGACAAUAUAUAGCUAGAAAAUGA